CUCCAUUUCCAUUAGCCACCAAUGCAAGACCUGGAGAACAAGACGGAGCCGAAGGCAGCAGCCGAAAUCCCCGAAGACGUUCCCAAAAAGGUUACCGAAGGCAAGAACUUUGCAGACAUCCAGACGGCAAUCAAAAUCAAAAAGCUGAUCAUCGAGAGCAACCUCCCCAUCGCGGCGCCUCCACAGGCGAAGGCAUCGACAUCCAUUCCCAAAGCGCUGAUCUUUAUGAACCAGCCCCAUCGUGUGCUGAUGUCCACGGAUGAUAAGGAUGGUGACACAACGGUGGACAGCGUGAGCGACGCGGUGGACCUCGCGGCAGGCGCGCGAGUGGUAACAAGCGGCGCGCGGAUCGCGAGUGUCGCACCGAGUUUAGCGAAUACACCGCUACUCGGCAUGGAGGACGUGUCAUCGCUCAAGGUGCAGAAAGGGAAGGCAAAUAUUCGCACGGACUUUUUCGCGGCGCGACUCGCAAGCGCGGUCGACGACGUCGAGACCUCCGACAGCGAUGAAACGUUUGUGUACGAGAAUAGCUCGUUUCCGAGUGCCGAGCCGAAGCUGGAACGACCAGAUGAUAUCAACCGCAAUGUCAGUGGUAUCGGGACGGUGGACGGGUCGGACGAGGACGAGUACGAGCGCGACGACACGAGUGUCACGUCCGCGCGCCAUUCGUCGCGCGACCUGGUACACAUAACUUCAUCGCGCGACCUGGUCGCGAUGACUCCGAUACAUGAGCCCGAGCCCGUCAGCACGGUGAUUCUCCGCAAGAUGAGUGGGGCAAAUAUCCGGCCCGUAAAGCAUGAUCCGAGUCGUGCCGUGAAGCUGCAUGACCCGAGUCGGGCGAGUGAGGCGAAGCCGAGCCACGGCGAUGCCAACAGCAUUGUCGACCGCCGUUCCGUAUACAGUAACAUGCACCGAGCCGGAUCCAUUCACCUGAUUCUCCAAAUGACUGAACCGGAGCUCCAACGGGGGUUGGCGUUCCGGCUGACCGGAGAGGUAGAUGUCCGACCGGAAAAACUGGAUGAGCCUGUCAAGGCAAAGCCCGAGAGAGAGUUUGAUACACUACAAGAUUAUUACGAGUCCUCCAGUGGGUCAUCAGAGGAAAUCCCACGCUACACGUAUCCCACCACCGACACGCGCAAGGAGCGCAAGAAGCGCUACGUACAACCGACACAGCUACGCACAACCACCUCAAAGGUGUUUGACCGCAAAGGCUCGCAGCCGCGUCGUUACAGCAUCAUUCCCGAUAACGUCGAUAUUGAAGACUUUGAGGACGAACUCAUCUACUACGACAGCUACAAGAACCGCACAAAGGCGAACGAGACCACGCAGUUACUCAGCGGCCACCGCAGACAAAACGACUACCAGCCACGAAUGGCAAAACAUACAAAGAUAUAUCCGGAGUACAACGGUACACAGGAACACUACACACGCGUAUCGCCGCACGAGGCGCAGUCCCCGCAAUCGCGCCACUCGCGCGGGCUCCACUUUGCUCUCCCGCGCGUUAAGUCUGGCGAUAUGCCGUUUGGGUACGCGGAGGAGGAACGUCUCAACAACCUCAAAUCCAUGAUCUACACAGUGGUCGGGAUCUUUCUCCUCCUCUCGAUCGGCUUCAUCAGCGGCUUCCUUUUGGCCACGCUGAAGGACUUGCAGCACGUGCACAUAUUCGAUAUUUCACACGUGGUGGUCAGCCAAGACGAGUUAGUGUUCAACAUGUGGAUUGAAGCCUUCAACCCGGGCUUUUUGAGUAUAGAUGUGAGCGAGGCUACCUUGGAUAUCUUUGCCAAGUCUGAGUAUGUGGACGAUAAGAGGAACGGUGUGGAGACGAUUUUGCUAGGCUCGAUUGAUGAGUUACUGUCAUCCUUGAGCUUUUCCGGGGGCUUCUUUAACCGGCGGGCCGUACAGGGCCUCGCGGAGGUUAAGUUGUUGAACCCGGGACAAAAUGUGACAUCAGCGGAGGAAAUAAGGGAGGGAGAAUUGUGGAGGGAAGAAGGAGGGACCAAAUGGAGCCGCGUAGCGAAGCAUCCGUUUGACUUGAUCGUCAGCGGCGUGUUGAAAUACAAGUUACCAUUGUCAUCUGGAGCCUUGCGCUCUGUGGUGGUGAAUAAGGUGACCAGGUUUGACCCAGCGGAUAUGUUAACGCAAUAGUGCUUGAAUUUAUGCAGUAUGAGAGUUGUUCACCUACUGGUAGCUGUUGACGUUAUGAAGCUAUAAUGAAGUACUCAUAUUAUGUGUGUUUGUGCAUAAGUACAUAUAUAUCGCUACCUGAACGAUUAAUUCUAAUAUUAAAGGUAAAAUCUUGUCCUGUCAGAUUUAAUCUACAUUGCAAAUUAAG